AAAAUAAAAUAAUGAUUGCUUCUUCCACCUUGAGCGUUCCGAAUCUCGGUCUCGCACCCAGAACCAGUUGUGCAAAUCACCAACCAAUACUCAAAACUCCAAACGCCUCCGCUUCCUCCUACGAGCCGCAGGCUCGAAAACCCAAGGGUAGCUCUCAACUGACUCGAUGGUCCAGGGCGCGGGCCAUACGCUCGGGUCGGAAAUUGGACCGCGCGGGCCAGCGGACCCAGUUGGUGGAACCGAAUUCUCCGGUGCAGCCGAGAGAGCGCGUCUCGCUAGACGUCAAGGAUGAUACUUCAACAGGAAACGACAGCGAGGAUGACGUGGAGAUGACGGCGGGGAAGUCGAUAUACAUGGUUUCUGACGGAACUGGGUGGACGGUCGAGCACUCCGUGAACGCGGCGUUGGGCCAGUUCGAGCAUUGCUUGGUCGAUCGGGGCUGCGCUGUCAAUACCUAUUUGUUUUCUGGGAUUGAUGAAGUAGAGCGGUUAAUGGAGAUUGUAAAGCAAGCAGCCAAAGAAGGUGCCAUGCUUGUGUACACAUUAGCUGACCCAUCAAUGGCUGAGUCUGCUAGGCAUGCCUGUAAGCAUUGGGGCAUACCAACCACAGAUAUGUUGGGUCCAAUUACAGAGGCCAUAGCAACCCAUCUAGGCGUGUCACCCUCUGGCCUUCCUCGUGGGGCUCCUGGCAGGAGCUUUCCUCUUACAGAUGACUACUUUCGUAGGAUUGAAGCCAUUGAAUUCACUAUCAAGCAAGAUGAUGGGGCAUUGCCCCAGAACUUGCACAAGGCUGACAUUAUACUUGCUGGGGUCUCUCGUACUGGGAAGACCCCGCUGUCGAUUUAUCUGGCGCAGAAAGGUUACAAAGUGGCAAAUGUGCCUAUUGUGAUGGGGGUUCCAUUGCCAAAGACCCUUUUUGAGGUUGACCCAGAAAAGGUUUUUGGUCUCACUAUCAAUCCUCUAGUGUUGCAAACAAUUAGAAGGGCAAGAGCUAAGACUCUGGGAUUUAGUGAAGGAAUGAAGAGUAACUAUUCCGAGAUGGAUCAUGUGAGACAGGAGCUGGAAUUUGCUCGAAGGAUUCUUGCACAGAAUCCUGUCUGGCCAGUAAUUGAGGUAACAGGCAAAGCAAUUGAAGAAACUGCUGCUGUUGUACUGAGGCUUUAUCAUGACCGGAAGCACAAGUGCUCAAUGCCAAGAAUAUCAAAACGUUACUAAUGAUAGAGGAGAGUUGAUGCUAAAUGGUGAGAGAGCUAUCUCAUAUUAAACCAAGGAAGUGCUAUCUUUUGUUUGAAUCAAGCAUGCACAUAUGCGUCUGAAGCAAAUGCAACAAGUCGUUUCAAAGUGUACAUGUUUGUUUGUCACCGUUUGCAUUGUAUCCUGAUGAAUUUGCAGUAAAUAAAUAAAUAUUUCCCAUUGUGGCUUUCAUCACCUUUGGAGGUUAGAGCCAGAUGCCACUCUAUUUGUUUAUUCAUUUGGGGGGUUUGGGUUCAACCAAGUUUACAUUUACAUGAUAAUGUAAUAUCUGAGGAAGACUUUGUUUUGUUUUGUAUUUGGGCUGGAUGUUUGGACCAUGAUUUGAG